AUGAAGAGGCAGUCCAAGCUGUCAGGUGCAGCAAACAAGAAAAGAAAAAAUGAGGAAGAGGAAAAACGAGCCCAAAUUAGAGAUUGCACUCCAGAUUUAAGUCACAAGGAGCAAUUAUCUGUGAUAAUUCGAACAGUUACAGCUGAAGGCACUGCACAAAUUAAGGAAUAUUUUAUCGGGUUCCUUGAGGCCGAGGAGACAACAGGAGAAGACCCCUCAAGACUCAUACUAAAAAAACUUGAAGAGCUUAAUAUCCCCUUUGAAGACUGCAGAGGACAGUCAUAUGACAAUGGGGCAAAUAUGAGAGGAAAAAAACAAGGGAGUCCAGACAUACGGUGGGAGAAUCGAAUCAACAGUGUUGAGGUUGUAAGAUUCCAGGCUGCAAAAGUGAGAGAUGCUCUUUUAGAGGUGAGAGCAAGCACUGCAGAUCCAGCUAUUAAAAUUGAAGCACAAGCCUUAGCAGAAGAGGUGGGAUCAUACUGGUUCUCUAUUUGUACGGUGGUGUGGUAUGAUAUCCUUAGAAAAGUUGAAACUGUGAAUAAACUUCUGCAAUCACAAUGCAUGCAUCUGGAUGUAGCUGUUGACAUUCUCAAGAAGGCUGAAACCUCCCUUGUUAGCUACAGAGACACUGGGUUUGCUGAUGCCCAGACAUCUGCCAAAGAGAUAUGUGAGGAGAUGAAUGUGGAAGCUGCUCUAAAGCAGAAACUACUAAAAGGCAGUUUUCCUAUGAGGCCCCUGAUGAACCUAUUACCGAUGCCUUGA